AUGUCCAACCAGGCAGACGACGGAGAACAUCCUGAAAUGGACCACGCUGGCGCUUUGCGCGACCCUUUUGACCCGAGAGAUGAGUAUUAUCGACCCGACCCAAGCCUAGCUAUUCGACCGUCGGUGGACUUGCGGGUUGAGCAUCCAGACGACAAUCUGCCCAUAUACUAUCAAGGCGCCACAAAUUCAUGUACAGCCAAUGCGUCGGCCGCAGCGUUGUGGUACGAAGAACGGCUUGGUCGACAUCCUGCGGGCUGGGGAGAGAAGGGUCCUUCGCGGCUGUUCAUAUACUGGCUCGCUCGAAGUGGUUCUCAGGAAUACCGCGAAAAUGUGGAGGACAAAGGGUCUUUUAUGAGAAACGCCAUGAAAGGCAUCAAGACGCAAGGUGUCUGUCCAGAGGCCGACUGUCCUUUCCCGGGUCUGGAACUCAUCGACCCACGUGGCAUGACUCCGGAGCGGCUCGAACGUAAAAAGGCGGCCGUCAAUCGCAAGCCAGAGCCGCAGGCGUUUGAGAAUGCCUUGAAGCAUAGAGUCGGCAAAUACAAGAGGCUCGAUGCCGACGGGCCGGAUGAGCACCAAGGCGUCAAACCGUGGGACAAAGAUUUGACGUUCGACCAGAAGGCAGCGUUCGGCCAAUACAAUCUCCGCAUGCUCCGGGCUUGUCUAUCUGAAGGGUAUCCCGUCGCCUUCUCAUUCUGGUACUACCUCCUCGAUGACGCCAUGUUUCGCACGACAGAUGGAAAGAAGAUUCUCAGGGACAUCUGGGAUGAGAAAGAGAACCUCGCGACAGGUCCAUUCCCUCAGCACACAUGGGUCGAUCGUCUGAAGGACCCUUUUCGUCCAAAGCGGAACGCAAGCUAUGUGCGCAUUGGACACAGCGUGCUUGCUGUGGGCUACGACGAUGCCACCCAGCUAAUACUGGUUCGGAAUUCCCGUGGCGACACAUGGGGCAAUGGUGGUUACUUUUACAUGCCUUAUGCAUGGAUCAGUGACUUCGCUGCCACAAAUGACUUUUGGACGAUCCGUUCUGUGGACGAACACCCGGACGAAGCUCCGGUGCGGUGGGAGCAGAUUCACGAGGAGGUUGUUGGUAAGAUUCUGGCUGGCGAACAAGCCUAG